AUGAGGUUGAAUAGGCGCAAUCUCCGAAAAGGAGCCACAGGCAUCGUCAGUAUAAUAAUCGCACUACUGCUGUUGACGUCCCUGGAGCGGUUCGUGAACGAGGCGACCCCCUUGGAAGAGCUCACCCUUCUUGGCUACCAGAACGAUGGCUUGAUCGGCGCGAACGUUGACUGUGGCGAUCGAGCGCUCAAUUCCACCCUACUCGUACAUUCCAGCCUUGGUCUGCACGAUAAUCUCACACGGACGGUGCGGUCUUUACAGCACUACCCCGAGAUCCGGUACGAGUUCGAGCAGCAGAGCCUCUCCUUCGAGAACUGGGUGGACAAGAAUUGGGUGGAGCUCUCGGGCUCCGCCGUCUGGAUGGCUCGCUAUCAGGUGUACCUGCUGGUGAACCGAGUCAGCUAUUAUCCCUCGGGCAACCUGGCCCAGCCUACAAUCAGUUGGCUUCGCGGGCGUCUCUACGAUUCGGCGUGGCAGCCGUUGGACGGCCAUACCAUUGACUGGCAGGGCGAAGCGAUCGCCUUCCCACGCAUCUUCGACGUGCCCAUAUCGUGGCCGCCGUCGGGGCAGAUCUUCUGGGGCGCGGAAGACCCGCGAAUCCUGCUCGAGGAGAACGUCCCCGACGCGGAGCCCGUGAUCGUCUUCAACAUGAUCGAGGGCUUGAACCUCCGCCGCCGCAUGUACAUCCACCGGCCUUUCUCGCGGUUCACCACCUCGUUGACCAUCGCCCACGAGGAGCCGCAUUUGGUGGAAAAGAACUGGUCACCCUUUUUCGACCCCUCUCGGGGCGAGGGUGACGACCCCGCGUCCGUGCCUCGUCCGAGCCACCAUCUACAUCUCGUCUACGGCUUCCACCCCUUGCGCGUGCUGCGAUGCGAUCUCCGCGACGGCCGCUGCGACUGGGACUACACCGAGGAGGCGUCCACCCAGCUGGUGCCCGACGGCCCCCACGUGGACGGGGACAUGCGCGGAGGCACGAAUUUCGUCCCCGUCCAGACCACCACCUCUUCCUCAGAGCCAUUGCUGCGGCUCUGGGCUGGCCUCCCCCGCACGCAUCUCGACGGCGGGUGCAGCGAGGGCGCCACCUACCGGCCGGAGCUGAUGAUCCUGGCCAGCCCGGCCCCGGCGGAGUUCUACAUCCUCUACUCAAGCGAUGCCCUGGAGCUCGGGCCGGCCGUGCUCAAUCAAUCAGCGCAGACCCACCCGUGCAGCGGGCCGCAUAUCGUCAUCCCGUAUGCGAUCGUGCGGUGGGAUCAACGGCCGGGACACGAUCUGAUGGCGGUGUCACUGAGUGUGGCGGACCGGACCAUGCAAGUAGUGCAUCUCCAGGGGGUGCGGGCGCUCAUCGAUCGCCUCCCGGUGAUGCGGACGGGGAUGCCGGACCUACGGACCCGGGAUCGAGAUGCAGAGCCAGACGUUCCCCGAAAAUCGCGGUGGUCCGCGGCCGGCAAGCAUGUGUUGGAAUGCUCGGUGUCGGCGGCGAGGAACACUAGUCUGGAGAAUGUCAAGCAUGCUGAACGGCUGCUCACAGGCUCGGAGAACUUGCGAUAG